GUUUCCUGUCUACAGUGUCUGUGUUUUGUAGAUAAAUGUGAGGAUUUUCUCUAAAUCCCUCUUCUGUUUGCUAAAUCUCACUGUCACUGCUAAAUUCAGAGCAGAUAGAGCCUGCGCAAUGGAAUAAAGUCCUCAAAAUUGAAAUGUGACAUUGCUCUCAACAUCUCCCAUCUCUCUGGAUUUCUUUUUGCCUCAUUAUUCCUGCUAACCAAUUCAUUUCCAGACUUUGCACUUCAGAAGCAAUGGGAAAAAUCAGCAGUCUUCCAACCCAAUUAUUUAAGUGCUGCUUUUGUGAUUUCUUGAAGGUAAAGAUGCACAUCAUGUCCCCCUCUCAUCUCUUCUACCUGGCCCUGUGCUUGCUCACCUUCACCAGCUCUGCCACAGCUGGACCGGAGACGCUCUGUGGGGCUGAGUUGGUGGACGCUCUUCAGUUCGUGUGUGGAGACAGGGGUUUUUAUUUCAACAAGCCCACGGGGUAUGGCUCCAGCAGUCGGAGGGCACCUCAGACAGGCAUCGUGGAUGAGUGCUGCUUCCGGAGCUGUGAUCUGAGGCGGCUAGAGAUGUACUGUGCACCCCUCAAGCCUGCCAAGUCUGCCCGUUCAGUCCGUGCCCAGCGCCACACUGACAUGCCCAAGGCUCAGAAGUAUCAUCCCCCAUCUACCACCAAGAAAACGAAGUCUCAGAGAAGGAAAGGUGGGCCAAAGAAACGCCCAGGAAGGGAGCAGAAGGUGGGGACGGAAGCAAGUCAGCAGAUGAAAGGAAAGAAGAAAGAGCAGAGAAGGGAGACUGGAGCUAGAAACUGAACACAGAGGCAAAAAAGGAAAAUGGAGGAGAGAAGGACUAAGCAGACAGAGGCAAGGACGAUGAGAGAGAAGCAGACAGCGAUAAAGAAAAGUGGGAAGUGCUAUAGAGGAAUGAAGAACAGUAGGCCUGGUGGAGCUAGAUAAUGAAUGUGAUGGAAGGAAGAGAAGUGCCUGUUGUAGAAUGUGGAUAACAAACAUGGAGACAAUGGAAAAGAAAAACGUAAUGCCCGAGGAAGUCCAAAGAAAACCAGUGUCAAGAAUGAAAAAAGAACAAAAAUUAUAAAAGAGGCAAAUAAGACACCACAUUCCCUUUCCCCAAAAAACAAUUAAAUGGGAGUUAAAGAAUUAAGAUAAAACUCAAGGCUUUUAUAUGUAUUUUUAAAUUUUGUGUGAAACUAUUCUAGAAGAAUUGCCCAUGUCAAUACAUGUCCAGAGUUAAAUAUUAGCCCAAAAUUCUCAGCAAGACUGAAUUGUGUCAUAGAAGUUCCCAGAUUUCCUUUCCUGCAGUGUCAUUGGAGGCUGUGUCUCUGAGUCAAGUUCAGGUUCAGGCCAAAGGGCAUCCAAUAUUUGCCUAAACGCCUGUGAGGCCUGUGGGGUAACCUACAAGAGGAGGUCAUUGAACCUUUCCUUUUUUUGCACUUUGGAGUCAGAUAUAAAAGACGUAUUGGUCUGCUUGGACUGCGAUAGCAACGCACCACAGACUGGGUGGCUUCAGCAGCAGGUAUUUUCACACAUUUCUGAAAGCUGAAAGUGCAGGUGACGGUGUUGACCUCAUUUUAAGUAAAUUACCUCCGUAAAUACCUUAUCUCCAAAUAGGACACAGUAGAGGUACUGGGAGAUAGGAGUAAACAUAUGAGUGGUUAAGGAGAGACACAAUUCAGACCAGAACAGAAGGGAAGACUUCCGAUGUCUGAUAACUGCCUUCUGAUUCUAUCUCCUAUAACCCUGUGUGUAUGUAUAUCUGUCUCUGUCACACACACACACACACACACACACACACAUGCGUGUAGGUUUUCAUAUAUGAAAUCCUAGGAGUUUCUGUUCCAUGGAAACCCUAGGACCAUGUUACUCUAAAGCUGAAGAUGGGGUGCCUGGGUGGCUCAGUCAGUUAACCUUCCGGCUUCAGUUCAGGUCAUGAUCUCAUGGU